AUGAGCCAAAUUUUUAAUAGUAAUGGGACUAUAGUAUGUCGAAAUAUUCCAGCUGAUAUUAAUCGAAUUGAAAUAACAGAAAUAUUUAAUAAGCAUGGUACGCUGUUGGGAGAUGGAAUAUAUUUUGGGAAAAAAAAUAGUAAUGUAUUUUUUAUUAAGUAUGUUAAUUUCAAAGAUGCUGUAAAAGCAUAUGAAAGUUUGAAAGAUAGCAAAGCUCCUGAGCAUGACUUUAAAUUAAGUUUAAGCAAAAGUGAUGAGCUUAAAUACAAGGCAAUAAAAGGGGAUACAAAAUCGAUCGAACAGUUGAAACAUAUUUAUAAAAAUAAUGAACAAUUAAUAAUUACUGAAGAAAUGAGAAAUGAAUUUAUUAAUGAAAUAAAUGAAUAUAUCCCUGAAUUAUCAAAAAAAAAAAGAGAAGAUAAUGAAAAAAAAAAACAAGAUAGUGAAAAAAAAAAAGAUAAAUCUUUUAUUUUAAAUCUUUUGACAAAUGUUGAUGAACCUCGUGAAAAUGAACAAGACAACAAGCUAAAAGAGGAGCUGAAAAAUUACUUAAACUUAAAUUGCUUAUGUGCAUAUAAUUUUGACGAAAAUAAUAAACUUGACAAUUAUCUUAUUCCCACAUUUCCAAAUUAA